CCUCUUGUGAUGCACCUUCGUAGUGCUCGCACUCCGUUCGUUUCGCUUUAGUCACCACACACAACCACCCCUGGAACAACAGUCCCACCGCCCGCCGUGAACGUCCAACGGCGUCGCAUCAAGAAUUCAAAUAAGCCAGCACGUGCUUCAUCCCAUCAAGGAGAACAACAGGCCCGUAAUCACUCCGAGGGUCCUGCGAUACUCGAGAAGACCCGUUCCGACCAGCCUCAGGCAACCGGCGCAAUGGCAGGUACUCAGCGGUACCUGCGUUAUAUCGUCUUCGCACUCAUCUGCCUUAUCCUCCUCUUCUUCAUAUCCUCCUCCUCCACCGUCCAGACAUCAUGGCCCACCGCCAACGUUCCUCAGACCACCGAGCCUGAUACGAAAGGCGCCGUCCCCAAACCUGAUCCUCUUGCCACCGAUUCCAACCCACCCAAGACCCCGAAUGUUGAUAAAGAAUUGCCUCCUGCCAUCGUUCCUGGAGACCGCAUGAAUGCUACCUUCGUGACGCUCGCCCGUAAUUCUGAUCUCUGGGAGAUUGCCAAGUCUAUCCGUCAUGUCGAGGAUCGUUUCAACCGCAAGUUCAACUACGACUGGGUCUUCCUCAACGACGAUGACUUCAACGACGAGUUCAAAAAGGUCACGACCGCCCUCGUAUCCGGCCGAACCCGAUAUGGCAAGAUUCCUAAGGAGCACUGGUCAUUCCCCGAUUUCAUUGAUCAAGACAAGGCCGCCAAGGUCCGCGAGGAGAUGAAGGAGAAGAAGAUCAUCUACGGAGACUCUGUCAGCUACAGGCACAUGUGCCGCUACGAGUCUGGUUUCUUUUUCCGCCACCCCUUGAUGCUCGAGUACGAGUGGUACUGGCGCGUGGAGCCAAGCAUUGAGCUCUACUGCGACAUCAACUACGAUACCUUCAAGUGGAUGGCCGAGAACAAGAAGAAAUACAGCUUCGUGCUCAGCCUUUACGAAUACGUCGAGACGAUCCCCACAUUGUGGGAGGCAGCCAAGAACUUCUCUGCUCACCACCCGGAGCACAUCGCCAAGGACAACUCCAUGAAGUUCCUCAGUGAUGACGACGGAAAGACCUACACCAACUGCCAUUUCUGGUCCAACUUCGAAAUCGGAAAUCUUAACUGGCUUCGCUCCAAGGCCUACGUGGACUUCUUCGAGUCGCUCGACCACGCCGGCGGUUUCUUCUACGAGCGCUGGGGCGAUGCGCCAGUCCACUCCAUCGCGGCAGGUCUGAUGUUGAACAAGGACGAGAUUCAUUUCUUCAACGACAUUGCCUACUACCACGUUCCCUUCACGCAUUGCCCCACAGGCGAGCAGUACCGCCUCGACCACAAGUGCCACUGCAACCCCAAGGAGAACUUUGACUGGAAUGGCUACUCCUGCACCGCUCGAUUCUACGAGACCAACGGAAUGCAGAAACCAGAGGGGUAUGACAAGGAGAAAUAAGUUGUCCGUCUUACACGAUCCC